AUGUCUGCCCAGGAGGUCAUCUCACACGACGAGGUCCGGCGCCAUGCCUUUGACGCCGUCCUCCACCGCCAGUCCAACAAGAACCAAGGUGGUCUCAGUGCCAUGAGGCAGAAGAACAGUGCUGCCAACGCUGCCGCCUCAAAGGAGUACUUCCAGUACUGGGAUGACAAGAAGGCCGAAGAUGAGACGGCCGAGGUCCGUCAAGAGAGAACUGACAACUAUGCCACGAUCACCAGACAGUACUACAACCUGGCGACGGACUUCUACGAGUACGGCUUCGGCCAGUCCUUCCACUUCUGCCGGUUCGCCUACGGCGAGACCUUUCACCGCGCCAUCGCCCGCCACGAGCACUACAUCGCCCACAGCAUGUCCAUCCGGAAGGGCAUGAGGGUGCUGGACGUGGGCUGCGGCGUCGGAGGGCCGGCCCGCGAGAUCGUCAAGUUCACCGGGGCCCACGUCACGGGGCUCAACCUCAACGAGUACCAGGUCCAGCGGGCCACCAACUACGCCGCCCGCGAGGGGCUGUCGAACCUGCUGGAUUUCGUCCAGGGCGACUUCAUGAAAAUGCCGUUCCCCGACAACUCCUUCGACGCCGUCUACGCCAUCGAGGCCACGUGCCACGCCCCCUCCCUCAAGGGCGUCUACAGCGAGAUCUUGCGCGUGCUCAAACCCGGCGGCACCUUUGGCGUGUACGAGUGGCUGAUGACGGACGCGUACGACAACGACGACCUGGAGCACCGGCGCAUCCGGCUGGACAUUGAGCAGGGCGACGGGAUCCCGCAGAUGUUCACCGUGGCCGAGGGCGUGGCGGCCAUCGAGGACGCCGGGUUCGAGCUGCAGCACCACGAGGACCUCGCGGUCAUCGGGGAGGCGUCGUUCGCGCCGUGGUACUGGGUCAUCGGGACGAGCCUGGCGUACGCGCAGUCGCUGAGCGACGUGGUCAUGGUGGCGCGGAUGAACAGAUGGGGGAGGGAGGUGAUGCACGCGCUGUUCGGGGCGCUUGAGACGGUGUGGCUGCUGCCGCCGGGGACGAGGAAGACGGCCGAGAGCCUCGGGAAGGCGGCGGACGCGCUGGUGGAGGGCGGGCGGAGGGGGCUGUUCACGCCGAUGUACCUGAUGGUCGGGAGGAAGCCGGAGGUGCAGGAGGUGCAGGAGUGA